AUGGGUCCCACCACAUGGGACAGAAAAAAUAUCGAUAUGCAUACACCAAUGUUUGCAAAAGAAUUAUUGCAAGUCAAUGUUCAAAAUAUUGUUAUUUGUAUGGAUAGUUUUCCUAUAUACAUCGAAAAACCUGGUGACUUUACAUUACAAAAAUUAACAUGGUCAUCACAAACUUUACGCAAUUGCAUUAAAUUCCACUGUAUCACAACUUUAGAUGGCACAUUUGUUGGUAUACAAGGUGGUUAUGGUGCAACAGGCCAUAAUAAUGAAGAAAGUAUUAUUAAUUCGUUAACAAAUGAUAAAUAUGCAGUUAAUAAUGAUGAUGAUGAUAAUAUUUAUCAUAAUCAUAUGGCUCAAACUUUUUUUUUCAAAAAGAUUUUAAAAAAUAAUGAUAUUUUAAUACUCGACCGAGGUUACACAAGAAUGAACAAAAGACAAUACCAAAUAAAAAUACCACCGUCAAUUGAUAAAGGCAAAACCCAACUGUCAACAAAACAAGCCAAUGAGUUACGAUUAGUUACAUUUCAUCGAAAUGUUGUUGAACGCGCCAUAGGGCGUUUGAAAAAAUGGAAUCUUUUGAAAAAUAGACUUCUACAAUUAACAAGUUCGAUGAACCAUUGUACAAAAAUUUUUCAAAAAAAAAAUAAACACGUUAAAUUAAUAUUGGAACAUAUCAAUGACUCUGAAAAUGAAUUAAAAUAUCUAAUGGAUAAAAAUCAAAAUAAUUAUUGGCAAUUGACAGCAAAAAAUUUAAAAGAAAUUAUUGAUUUCGUAACUAAUACAAAUUACUUACCAAAAUAUACACCAUCAAAAAUUGAAUCAAUUUCGACAGGUUGUUAUGCUAUGAAAUUAUCGAAGCGAUAUUUUACUAAUUCUAUCGAUCAUAUGAAGAUUUAUGAACAUCAAUCUAUUGAAAAUUGUAUUAAAGUUGUUGGCAUUAAUUCAAGAUUGUCUUCCGGCAUAAAGCAUUGUUCAAUAUUUAAAUUUUAUCUUAGAAAACCUGAAGAUACAAAAUUUUAUUGUUCUUGUAAAAGUGGUGCACGAACAACUAAUCCAUGUGCACAUGCUUUAUCUGUCUUGAUGUUAAUUCAAUCCAUUCAAAAGGAAUUACCUCAUCUUGAAUUAGCAAAAACCACCAUUGAUUAUCCAGAUGCUAUUAAAAACGAACAUUCUUCAUCACAUUAUCAAGCUAUUUAUAAUAAUAUAAUAGACUGUAAAAUUUACAAAGAAUGGUCAAAGUCUAACGAUACAUACUGUAUUUGUAAUGAAUCUUAUCAAAGUGAUUGGAUGGCAAAAUGUUGUACUUGCCAUGAAUUAUAUCAUCCUAGUUGUAUUUGUCAAGAUCAAGAAAAGAUUGACGCAAUUAUUGAUAAGUGGAAAUGUCCAUACUGCCAAGAAGAUGAUGAUAACAAAUAA